AUGCCAUCAAAAUUUCAUUUUAAAUCAAAAAAUUUAACAAUAAAACAAUCAAGUAGGCUAAACAAAUUUCAAGCAACAAUUUUAUUUAAGAUGUAUAAAAAAGUAACAAAAGCUAAUAUAAAUAUUUUUCUAUUUUAG